UUUCCAAUACUUACUCGAACGGAAGCUUCUUUUGGAUGCACGCGCAUCUUCUGUUACAUGUUUCGGAUCGUGUCAAUGGCAAAGUUAAUUUUUAGAUGGACUAUCGUUUUUCUCCUCAGUUAUUCUGCCCGGACUGAUGGCGUUGAGGAGAAGGUGGUGUACCCAGUCUUCUUGGAAGGCAGGUCCGAAAACGGCGCCAGGGUCCUCAGAGUCACGGAUGAGCUGAUCCUCAAUCUGCAACAACAAUCAGCAUACGGAGACCAAUUGCUUUUAAGAACAACAGCAAAGGGUGGUUCAUACACGCAAGAGUAUAUCUCAGCCUCCUCCUAUAACGACAUGUUAUUCCAAGACGAAGCGAACAUGGCAUCGGUUGCUAUUACGAAUACUGAUGGACUUCACGUGCGUGGUAUGAUUGGUGACAAACUACGGAUCAAGCCCUUAUACACAGCGGAACGAUCCGAACUAGGUCUCGUGCCGCAUCUGCUUUAUCAGGAAGACGCCCUAAAGGGAGAGGCUGCCAGAUAUGACUACGUUGCAGGACCAACCAUCGAGGAACCGGCCAAGUUAUUGGAAGGCAUCAAGAUUGAACAACGAAGUGAAGAAGACAUCAAUCCAGAAAUUCAUGUAUUCAUCGACUACAUCUAUUAUAGCAAAUAUGACUUCAACAGAGAUGACAUUAUUGUGUAUUUUGGAGCUGCACUAAAUUCGAUCAACCUAAGGUACAAAACAAUACAGGAAUUAAAGAUAACACUGUGUAUCGUGGGAUUCACCUUCUAUUCCGACGAGGGCGUGGAACUCACCUACUUAAAGAAGAUUAGGAACAGUGAUUAUAAUGACAUGAUUGGAACACUUGAAGCCUUCAAAGAAUACUACAGGGUGAAUGACCCGCAACUAUUUCGACGGGUGGACGUGCUAGUGCACGUGACUGGGAGAGACUUCUGUAUAAUCAACCGGGACAGGCUGGACUGCACGACUGGAGGCAUAGCCUAUGUGGCAGGUGCCUGCACACUACAUCGACAAUCAUUAAUCGAAGAUAGAGCCUGGUCCUUCGACAUCGUCCGCGCCAUGGCACACGAGGUGGCGCACAGCUUGGGUUGCGUUCAUGAUGGAGAGCCACCGACCCGGCGUGUGAGAGGUCAUCCAGGAGCCAUUGAAUGUCCUUGGUCCUGGGGUUACAUUAUGAGCUACGUGCAACGAGACAACAACGAGUACAAGUUCUCGCCGUGCUGCGUCGCUCAAAUGCAGUACGUCUCUGCGUUACCCCAAUACAAGUGCUUGUUCGUGAACAGCAGCCACACAGAAAUGGAGAAGUCGCGUUCCCUGCCCGGAUUCGUAGUGACGCUAAACAAACUUUGCGACAUCACCUUUAGACAUCGAGGAUACUCUUACUUCUACGAUUGGAACCGACAGCAUGACGAAUGUCGAAUACCGUGCAGAAGUCAAGAGCUCGGCGGACGAGAUCGAUAUGACUUUGGUACUGCGAAAGCUGUGGAUGGAACCAACUGCACUGUUUCUGGCAACAAGAUAUGUAUACGGGGCGAAUGUGUACCUCGCAAGCGAAGCAACAGACGGAGGACCACCACACGCCCUCCACGGACACCGUCACCCCCAGAACGGCAGUGGAAAUGGAAUGGCCAACAGUGGGUUCUUUAGAAGUACUAACGGGGAAUAAAUUUGCAAACGCAUCGUGAUGAGGUCAAUCCAAUAAGGCCUGAAUAAAUAUUUUUAUUUAUCUUUCA